AUGAUGGAACGUUAUAUGAAAAUCAAUCAACAACAAUGGACACAAUUAUUAGUCUAUUUAUUUACAAAAGCCACAACAUCAUGUAUGAUUUUUAUGAUAUAUUAUUUGAAAAUGAUUACGGAUUAAAAUUAUAUCAAUUUGAUUAUCUUAUUGUUGGCAUACAUUAUUUAGUCGAACGAAUCGAUGAACUUAGCUUUAAUGUGUGCGGACACACAUCUAUCAUAAGAGGGGAGGAAUGUUAACGGUAGCUCGCAUUCUGUCUACCCUCGAUUCUCUAUCUCU